GCACUAGUUUCAUGGGAAUUUCCUGAUCGACCAAAAUUAGGGAACUGAUCUCCUUUGCACUAAGCAUUAAAGGGGGAAUUUAUUUUGACUGGGAUGAGUCUAGCGAUAGUGUUUUGAAAUUAUGAACAAAAGUAGUAAACAAAGAAGUAAACAUAUCCUCACAUACAGACACAUGGGAAUCGCAUCCAUUUCCGAUUGGUUUUAUAAGUGUUCUGAGUAUAUUUUUCGCGCAAGUCAGGAAGAUGUAACAAUGUGCCGUCGGCGGAUUUCAUUCGCACAUAAGUGUUUUAUUACAAUUUCCAAACUCAUUUCUUAAUUCAACAUCACAGUAUUAAUGGGUCGUGGAAACUGGUGUGAGAUGAAGUGUUCGCGUUAGUUAGUUUUUCACAAGUGUGUAUAAUGCGUACAAUCGAAGAUGUCCUUGGUGGAAGAUCGCCCCGUUGUUAUUAUACCGCUUAACAUGGUUAAACAUAGCACUGUUUGGAUGGUACAGAUAUAGCCAUUCCUAGACCAGGUUGUUGUAUCUUGGACGCAAUGUAUGAUAAUGAUGUCACGACAAAGAUUUGUCCCUGUCUUGUUCAUAAUUCAUGAGAACCCUGCAGCACUACAUCACACAUGCCUACAACACUAUGUAAGCUAGCUUCGUCGACGAGGCCAAGUUGGAAAUGGCUUAAUAUGGGGACCGGGGGCACCAAGGACAUGUUUCAAGCUUCAAGACAUACAUCGUCAGAGGCAACAGCCGAAGAAUCGCGAAGCAUGCUUGGAGGCCACGGUCUCCCGCUCAAGGUCACUCACAGUAAAAGUCCUUCACCGCAGACACCAAGGAAGUCUCGCAGCAAUACAGUACAUGAAGAAAUCUCAGACAGCACUGGAGGGCAAAAUAUAAUUGGGAUCCACCUUGAAGGGCUAGAAGACCUACUGAUACAUACUAAGUUCACAAGGCUAGAACUACAACGGAUGUAUAGAGGAUUUAAAAAUGAAUGUCCAAGUGGAGCUGUAGACAGGGAUACAUUCAAAAGAAUCUACGCUCAGUUCUUUCCUUAUGGAGAUUCUGCCCAGUACGCGCAGCUUCUGUUCAAUGUGUUCGACCAUAAUAAAGAUGGGAAAGUCUCAUUUGAGGAUUUUGUGCUAGGGUUGUCAGUGUCUUUGCAUGGUACAAUGGACGAGAAAUUAAAAUGGGCAUUCAACCUUUAUGAUUUGGAUAGCGACGGGGUUAUAACAAGAGAGGAGCUUGCCACCGUGAUCCACUCCGUGCAUUGCAUGAUGGGAAUGGAGUCGCAACCCACAGGGGAAGAGAGUAGCGUCCAGGAGCAAGUUGAGAGACUCUUUACGCUCAUGGAUACAAACCAAGAUGGCGUUAUUACAGAGGACGAAUUCAUCGAAGGGUGCAAAAAGGAUGACUCUAUAAAGAAAAGCCUUGCUGUGUUUGAGUCUGACAGAUGAAAUUUCUUGCCAGCACUGAAGCAAUAAACUACAUUAACCGACUAAAUAACUAUCAAAUAUAUCAAACUAUGUUCCGACAAAAGGGAAGUGCAUGUUGAGGGUCUACAAAAUCAUGAUUUGCAAUCACUAUGACAACGUCAACGUCUUGUCUUCCACACAAGACAAGUAUCUAUCACAAUCGAGAGGUGACUCGAUAGGUGAUUAUAAGGAAUAUGUGGCUAUUCACGAGGAUUCUGGAGAAAGUGGUGAAAAAGAAUGACAGAGAAAUCACAAGAUCAUGAUAGAGUCCACAUCCCGGGAAUGCAACAAAUUGUUAUUAUCCGAUAGUGUUGAUAUGACUCAACCGUGCAUAUGGAUGUUCUGUUCCUCUACUAAACCCCAUUCCUUUUAGCUACAGCAGAAUUAUCAAGGACUGUUAGGGGUGAGCCAUUUAAUGUAAGGAGGGGGAAAUGUUUUUUUUUUGGAGGGGGGGUGAAGCUUUAAGAAAGAUAAUUCCUUCAGAGCCAGUACAUUGGAUAUGUGGCAAGGAAAAUGCCAAAAAAAAGAAAAAUACUAAGCCACAAUUUAGGCAUCGGAUAGUAAAAGGCAUGACUCGAAAUGAUAAUGCAGUCAUUGUAAAACAUUGACAUAGCAUUAAAUUCUCUCAAUACCGUCGUAGUUAUAAAGCAAACUUUGUAUGGAUGCAUACAUACAUUAUAUAUUGAAUCAAUUGAUCAAGAGUCCUAUCCUGCUACGUUUGUAUAUACCUCGAAUCCAGCAGUGCUUUGAUGAUAUGUAAGGAAAAAAGAGCGUCUACGGACGCAAUUGUAAAUACAUAUGGAAGUUUAUGACUUAUCUAAAACGGCUUGCUUUCUCUAUGAAGUUUUUUCUCAAGUAAUUGUGUGGCUUCUUUCUCCGAAAGGCUAAUAUAAAAAUGAAUAAAACUUUCACGUCAUAA